GCUCUGUUCAGACGGAUGUUAACGACCUUCGACAGAUUUUUAAUAACAAACAGCCGCAAUUUACAAAUGACAUAACUGCCACGAACAGACAAAACGUAGCAUGAUGACCUUUGAGUAGUAACUCCAUAAACUAGCGCUACAUACAAGUCAAAGAAGAUCAAAAUAAACUGAUUCCGAAACAACAGAUGAAUCGGAGAAGACUUUCCAAUCCGUGAGGUGACCUGGUGUAAUGAAGAUGGUUAAAGAGGAGAAGGAGACCUCACAGGUUGAUUCUCUGAAAAGUUCCUCACCUGAACAAACAAAUGGAGAAAAAAACGGUCAAGCAUGUACGGAAAGCAUCGAUGAAAUGAAUUAUUGGAGUGUUAGCCCCAGCAUCCUCACCCAUGGCCUUUGUCAUGUCCUCCACCUCUGCUGUGAGGAGUCUGUGAGUCACAUGACCUGUGGCGAGGGCGCUGGGGGCUUCGCUAGUCUUCACAGGAGCAGUCGUGUGCAGUUCUAUUAUCCCGAUGGCCGACUGCGAGAUUCGUCUUUUUGUCAAUCCCUCACCUUCCGUUAUGCCGGCCUCACCUCCACACAUUUGCCAGGCAGACUGGUCGGCUGGGGACCUGGGGCCGUUCUCACUGUACUAGAUGCAGAACUGAAUCCUCUGGUUCAUGCUGUGGAGCCCAUGGAUGUGAGGGUGUGCAAGAUUUUGGAGCACUCUAAUGAGCUUGUCACAGCUGGAGAGGGAAAUGUAUGUGUGUGGUGCCUCACACACUUGGUGUGUCGUAAACGGGUGGUGGAGGGUUUGGGGAGACAAGUUGUGUUCACACAUCUAGCACUGAUGACUAGCAGGACUGAGCAGGGCCUCAGAGCACUGGCUGCAUACGGACGCGCUGUGGUUAUGGUGGACCUUACAGAGGGAUGCAUUAUGGAGCAUAAGAAGAACCUUCAUUUCAGGGAAAUCACAGGGAUGGUCUACUGUCCACUUAGGGAUAUUGUAGUUACUGCAUCAGAUAUGACAAUCAGAGUGUGGGGACCAGACUGGGAACUUCAGAUGGCCUUUGUGGGACAUACUGCUCUUGUCACUUCUCUAGUUCUGUGUCCUGUGUCUGGCCUGUUGUUGUCAUCUUCUCUUGAUGGUACUUUGAGAUGCUGGAGACCAGAAGUUGGAGACCAGGUCCAGAUUAUAUCCAUUCCUAAUGGGUGCCCACCUCCUCUUGUCAUGGGAGGCCCGGAUAGUGCUGGCACCUUCUUCUCAUAUUCCACCAACAGUAUGGACUUCUGGACCUUCAAAUGCCUUUACAAUCUACACUGCAGACUGGAUGGGGUCCUGAGAGGUCCUGUCCGCCAAAUCUUGACCCCACCAACCCCCCCUUCCUUCCGUGCCUGUGUAGUUUGCAUCCAUGGAAACAACGAUGUCACAGUUGUGGCAGAAACGGGUGAAGUGCUCACUAGAUUCCAAGCCAAUGGAAGAGUAAGGUGUGCUGAUUACUGUGUCCCUAAAGAGAUUUUACUGGUCCUCACUGAGGAUGGAGUGGUAACUACUGCUAGUACAUUGACCAGUCCAGUAACAGUACUGGAUGAGUGGCAUGGGAUAGAGCAUUGGGAUUGGUCAGGUGGGCAGAUGCAAGCUAAUAUAGGCAUAGUUUGCUGCAUGGUCUUAUAUAAUGAUGUUAAAGAUAUACAAAUCGGACAGGAAGAAUGGAGGUCCUUACAGAUGCAGAGAUCACAAAAACCAAAGAAGAUACAACUUCUACAUGAUGCAAAAAACAGGUUUCUGGUUAUACUGGGCCAUUGUGGUGGAUGUGUGUCUGUGCUUAAUAUGCAUUCAGGCAAAAUCCAGUUCAGGACUUCUGCUCACAACAACCAAAACCUCAGCAGCAUGCAGGCAUACCCCAACAGUGGCUACCUGCUGACUACAGGUGAAGAUAAAGCUUUGCUAGUUUGGCGUGUGUUCCCAUGUGCUCAGCAGUGUUUGAGUCUCUAUUUCAGCGUGUUGUGUGAUCUGCCUCCGGUUUUAAUGGCACUGAUGGGAACCCAACUCACCGUCGCCUCACAAGAUCCUGAAAACGAUACUUAUAGCUUGGUACAAUAUAACUUAGAGAGCCAAAGCAGAUCUGACCAGCAACCCAAAGAAAAGCAUCACAACAAAAUCACAGGCCUGUGUGCUUGUCAUCAACUGAGCAUGUUUGCUUCAAGCAGUCAGGAUGGGACUGUACGGAUCUGGGAUAUGGAAAACCACCUUCUUAGAAUUCUUCAACUGAAUGCAGAGCCGGAGUGUUUGGCGUACUGUGAAAGUGGAGACCUGCUACUGGGCAUCACCGGAGACCUCUACAGAAUCCCCCAAACACAACUACUGCCUCUAGACUGCAGGACACAAAAAUGGUAUCCAGACUCUGAAUUACUCAAAUCCUGUAUCCCAAUCAUGAGCCAUGAAUGCAGGACAGAGAGUUGCCAUAUUAUUAAAAAGGAUGGUCCUGAAAGGCAGGACAGGAUAAAAGAUCUAGACUUUGGGGCAAUUAUGGCAUUACAUAAAGAUCUGGAAUCCUUGCAAAAAGGAGAGGUUGAGUGCAGAAGGAAAAAACCAGCCAACGUAAAAUCCAAACGAGAGGCUUUCAAUAAUUACCUGGGUCUAAUCUGCAGGCGACCCCUUGAUAUAAGGAUUCCAGAAGAUAUGUUUGAUGUGUAUUCUACACUUUUUCCACCUAAACUUCCUGAGCUUCCUCCUCUGAGUCCUCCCUCCUUCACCGACGGCUUAUCAACGAGACUACAUUCUCCUAAAACACAGCAGAGCGAACUAGAUGAAGUGCACUGCUUAUAUAAUGAAGAGGAGGAGAAGAAGAAGAAGGAAGAGGCUCAGAAGCAUCGCACACCCAUCGCAAAGACUCCAUCAACACAGAGGAGCCCUCUUCCUCCUUCACCAGUGGCAGACACACUCAUAUACCCUCCACAAAAGGCCCUUCCACCAAUAAAGAGUCCUACACCCCCUCUGACCCCACCCUCUGAGCCUGCCCCACCUUUACUCACCUCUGUCCCUCCCUCGCCCUCUUCUGCCCUACCCUCUCCCACCUCACAUCUACCAGAGUUCCUCCUGCAGUAUGUGGAUGAACACUGGUUUCAAAAGAUGUUUCCUGAUCUGAGUUGUGUUUCAAGUUCUUUAUGCCCCAAGGAAUUCUGCAAGCAUCUGUUGAACUUUAUGAUGACUUGCAGCAUGGCUCAGAAGAAUAGCAUCCUGAAUGCAUUACUUAUGCUAAUACAGCAGAAGGUGCUAGACAAAGAAUCUCUCAGCACCGGACUGCUGGUUUGCCUGAAAAACUACAUUCACAAAAACAUGUCAAGGGAGGAACAGCAUUUUGUCGGUGAGCUGCUAAAUGUACUGGUGUACCUGAGUCCUGACAGUUUUGACACCAUUGUAGAGCUACUUGCUAUGUUGGCAAAUAAAGAAGCUGAUCUUAAGGCUUUAGUACUGUGUGUGCUGCAAAGGUUGGGUGUGGAGGAAGCUGAACUGUGGUUAUGUCCAGAAUUAGAGUCCUGGAACUCCCUGGCGAAACAUAAGCCUGACCAGCACAACAGUCUUCGAGACAUGGCCAGCCACUGGCUGCUUACCUGGACCAGAAAGUACAAGGUUCACAUUGGGUCUGUGUUCCUAAGCAGUGAAGGAAUAGAGAGUGUGUUCGCACCUGUGGAGGUGCUCAAAUAUUUCUGCUCUGUGCAAAAAGGCAAACAGACUCGACCACCUCCACCUCCACCAGAGGGCAGGAAAGACGCUGUCAUCGUGCAUUCAGACUUGCCUAGACUGAAGCCAAUUCAGCGCCUGGGAGAGACGUACAGCAUGUCAAGGAUAAGGGAGCCUCAAGGACGUCUGCUGCCACCACUGCCAUAUCGACCCAUGUUGAUGGAUUUCCCAAGGUUCCUCUCUCUACCAUUGGCUCAUGUCACACUUUCUCCAUUCCCCUUUUCCCUGGAUUUUCAGACCUUCAGACGCCCCUCACCACAAAGAUACUUCUUCCUGGAACGCUCCUAUGUACAAUAUUACAGAUAGUUACUCCCAAAAGCAUUGCAUUCAAGCGGUGAAAGACUGUCUCUAUGAUGCAUCAAAUGUCACAAAUCAAAAAAUUUUGAUGAUCAAACUCACUUUAUCAUCUAGAAGUCUUUUAGUACAUACUUGACAGUUGAAUGUUUGAGACAUAUGGCUUGUUUUAUUGUGAAAGAAUAUACAGAGAGAAUGCUAGUUCUUUGAAAAGCAAUCUGCUUUACAUGACACCUCCUUGAGCACUGGGGAAGAUGCGUUGUGCAAAGCAGCAACGAAACACAGGCUGACCCCAUGCAGAGCAAGCCUUGGAAAACAGUUCUGUGCAGCCCAGUAUCCUCUAUAGGUAUUGGUAAUGCCAUUGGUAUUGGUAUUUUGGCCUUUAGAAUGGAUGGGGUCAAAUGAUGGCAUGAUAUACUCUUGAUGAUAUACUGUUUGAACAUCUCUAACCUUAUCCUCUCCCUCCACCUGAUAGACUGAUAGAUAAAUAAAUAAAUAGAUUAAUUAAAUAGCGAUAAUUUAUUUGAUUUUUUUAUUUUAUUUUAUGGAGGAUGUGAUGCAUCAAGGGUCAUUUUGUAAUCUGUUACCGUCUGAACUGUAAUCAAAUCAAAUUUUGAGGGCAGUGGAAAUUCACACCUCCAUCACACAGAAGAAUAGUUAAUAGAGAAAGAGAAAAGUAUUAAGAAUAUUCAUGGAAAGGUUUGGAAUUGAAUUGAAUCAUGAGAUUUGAUUUGCAAUAUAUUAACACUUCAGAUAUUUUGUCAAAGUAUCAUGAAAAUUACAGCACCGGUAAAUUAAAUGUACCAAGACAAUAAAACAUAAUACAACAACUACAGUCAAGAUAGCCUUCUGACAAUGUUUUA